CGCAGGAGAGGGCGGAUAGAGGAAGGUGAGGGCUUGCGGUGAUAAGAGCUUUUGCCGUUACGGGGGGAGUGGUCGAAGAUAGAUACGAAUAAUGAGAUAGAAAGGGGCGAUAAGGGCUGCUGGACAUGCAGUAACUUUGACUUCUCUCUGACAAAUUGCUUUUUAACGGCAGGAAUGGUGUUCAAUAUGCAUGCGUCAUUACGAUUACAUUAGAAUGUACUCAGGGCUAUAGCCGGGCCGACGCUUGUUGGAAGUCCGCUGACAAAAGAAGAUGAGUUUAAAAGUUGCAUGACUCACCCAAAAAAUUCCAGACACGGUACGAACCUCGGAUGGUGGCAGUGAACUCCUGGAAAAGCCACACAGUGACGUGGUGAACAUCUGCGGUAGCUGCCGGGCUGAUGACAUCAAAAGCCCCCAACGACAACAGCUUGUUUGCGACAUGGUUGUUUCAUGUGCAGUUUGUGGCCUCAUGUCACCUCGUGUUUGAUUUAAUAUUACAUAAAGCUCAUUUCUGGAGCUAAUUUAUUCGGCAUUGUUAAAGAUUGACAAAUGCAGUGUUUGGCUACUACGUUGGUCAAGCAUUUCUUGCAUUUUCGCAGAGCACAAUUCAAAGUGCUUCACAGCUACAUACGGUACAAGGGGGCACUCAAUCCAGAAUCCAUGAAAAAUAAUUAUUUAUUGAAACAAAUCACUGUACCAAAAGGGAUUUCAUCUGUGAAACCCCGUGACGUUAAAACUAAGAACAUCGAAAACCUUAGAACAAGAGAAAAUAAACCACACGGCACAGGCCAACGAGUUGCAUUUGUAAUUCACCGAGAGGCUAAUUGAUUGUUAUGGGUGUGUGUUUCACAAAGUGGGUGUUAAGAAGUGCGUUAAUUGCUGGGCUGCGUGUGUCUGCGUGUGUAUGCAGCAUGUGUGUGAAGGCGGCGAAUUGAGACAAGAUGAAGCAAAAAAAAAAAGAAAAAGAAAGAAAGCUGCAGCUUCAGUAAUAAUAAGCCUCCAAUCAUCCGGCACCAUCAGCCUAAAUAUAGCUGCCGCUGAAUGAUGCUUGCUUCUCAUACACAACUGUACACGCUUUGCACCUUGUGGUCCUUCAUUUCAAAGAUUCCAGUGCUCUUAUUAUGAAUGCUGAUGCUUGUGUCGUGACGUGAAAGUCUAAAAAGUGACAAAAACUGGUGCUAUAACUGUCACUUGAUGGUAUAAAAGAGCAGAAGUCACCCGAUUCUUACUAUAUCAAAUUUUGAGUGCCAUCUCUCACAUCAUCUGCCGCAAUUACGACACAGCAGCUAGCUAGCUAGCUAGCCUACACCCCGAAAAAACAUCGCGCCUUUGGAUUGACCACUGGCGUGUCCACUUGAGGGCGCCUCAUUGUCAGCUGUGAGUAUGACUAUGUCAUGGUGAGAAAGGUAGAAGAGCCUGGAAUGGCAAUUGUGGAAUAAAAUCUGACUUGUCAUCCAGCUUGUGAACUGGAGUUUUGAUUUUGGUUGCCCCAUUAGAGCGCCUCGUUGUGACAACCCAGUAGGAUAUAUUUCAGCCGUGGAGGAUUAAAGUGGAUUUAAAGGGGGUUUAUUUUUUAUGGUUCAAAUAUGGAAUUAUGUGAACCCGCAUCCAUUUUUCAGAUUGUAGUCGGGUAUUUCACUGACGGUUGAGUGGGGCAUUCAACAGACACGCCGAACGCGAGAUUUAAUUGUGGCGUAUAAAAACUACGAUCACACAAGAAUACUCCCUCUUCAAUGUUUUCUCAGCAUCCGUUUUUCAAAACAAAGUUCAUCCACUGACCUCAUGAGUGUCAGAUUCAUACGGCCGUAAAUGACAAUACAGUCUCUUUAUCCUCUUGUACACAGUGUCCCGACUGUUCAUUUUCAAGGGUAUCCUUGCCCAGGCCGUGCGGCAUUUGGCCAACGUGUUAGACUUUUAGUAGUCACUGACCUUCUCUCGUGACCCUCAUCCGUCAUUGUGGCAUCCGAAGGGGGCGCAGGUUUAGUUGGCUUGUACAAAAAAAAAGUCUGUCUGGGCUGCAGGGUGAAGUACAAACAGAGGAGUCUUUUUUUUUUUCUUUUUCUGAUGUUCCAAUGGUAACAUCUUCACAGAAACAUCCAUCACAAGUUUGAACAGUCAGAGAGGCUGAUUGACAGCUCGGGCUUCACCAGCACAUUUCCUCCGUGGAUUUUCAGACGCACCCUCGCCUGCGUUGACCUCAGCCGCUCCAGUGUGAAGAGACCCGAGUCAAUUACCAGAUGGAGACAUUUGUCGCUCACUACUUCUUUCUCUCUUGUGUCUCCCCGAAGGUCGUCCAAGGCUCACCCUGGACCAGUCGUCCACAUCAGUGACAACCCCAUGGAUGAGGGAAAGCUGAUAAUUGGAUUUGAGUCCGGGAUCGUGGUCCUGUGGGAUCUCAAAUCAAAGAAGGCCGACUAUCGCUACACUUAUGAUGAGGCAAUCCACUCAGUUGCCUGGCAUCACGAGGGCAAGCAGUUCGUGUGCAGUCACUCAGACGGGACGCUGACCAUAUGGAACGUGAGAGGCCAGGGCAAGCCCAUACAGACAAUCACCCCCCACGGCAAACAGCCAAAGGAUGGGAAGAAGCCAGAGCCUUGUAAACCCAUUCUCAAAGUGGAAUACAAAACUACCAGGAUUGGGGAGCCCUUCAUCAUCCUGUCCGGCGGUCUGUCCUACGACACGGCGGGCCGGCGGCCGUGCCUGACGGUCAUGCACGGCAAGAGCACGGCCGUCCUGGAGAUGGACUACCCUAUCGUAGACUUCCUCACCCUGUGCGAGACGCCGUACCCCAAUGACUUUCAGGAACCAUACGCUGUGGUGGUCCUUCUGGAGAAGGACUUAGUGGUGAUCGACCUUGCACAAAACGGUUACCCCAUUUUCGAGAACCCCUACCCGCUGACCAUCCACGAGUCCCCGGUGACUUGCUGCGAAUACUUCGCCGAUUGCCCCGUGGACCUCAUACCAGCACUUUACUCGGUUGGCUCGCGACAGAAGCGUCAGGGCUACAGCAAAAAGGAGUGGCCUAUCAGUGGAGGCAACUGGGGUCAAGGCACACAGAGCUACCCGGAGAUCAUCAUCACUGGGCAUGCUGAUGGAACGGUGAAGUUUUGGGAUGCCUCUGCAAUAAUGCUCCAGGUGCUCUACAAGCUGAAAACGGCCAAGGUGUUUGACAGGAGCCGCUCCAAAGAGGACAAGGGCAGCGCCGAGGCGUCCGACGAGGACCCUUUCGCCAUCCAGCUGAUGGCCUGGUGCGCCGAGAGUCGCAUGCUGUGUGUGGCCGGCGUGUCGGCCAACAUCAUCGUCUACCGUUUCAGUAAACUGGAGGUCACCACGGAGGUGGUUCAGCUGCUCGAGGUGCGAAUGCAGUAUGAACUGAACGACAUUGAAUCCCCUGAGGGCGGAGGUGGGGAGCACACGUCGGCGCACCCCAACCCGGGUGCUUCUCCGAGCGGGCCGCCUUCACAUCCCAACACCAGCAGCAACAACUCUGAUGGAAGCAACACACCUUGCCUCAAGGUGCGUAGUACUCCACUAAAGCAGUCUGCUGGUUACCAGGUGGACUUGGUGGUCCAGUUGGUGUGGGUGAGCGGGGAACCACCUCAACAGAUUACAAGCCUGGCACUCAAUUCUUCCUACGGCCUAGUGGUGUUUGGCAACAUUAACGGUGUCGCAGUCGUGGACUAUGUCCAGAAGACAGUGGUGUUGAACCUUGGGAUGCUGGAGCUGUACGGCUCCAAUGAUCCAUACCAGAGACAACCGCGCUCGCCCAGAAGGUCUCGACAGCCCUCUGGAGGGCUGUGCGACAUCAAUGAGGGUUCGGCCACUUCGGAGGAUCGCUGCAAGUCUCCCACUUCAGUGUUGAUGCCAAACAGCAAUCUCCAGCAGUUCUACAAUGGAGGUGGGAGAGGAGCAAAGAUGUCACGGAAAUUAAGCUUGCCUACUGAGCUAAAGCCAGACUUGGUCCUCUUGUCUGUAUGCCCGCCGCGGGGUGCCAACCCACUAGACCACCGGGACAAUUCCUUCAGCCGCUCGCGCUCCUCCAGCGUCACCAGCAUCGACAAGGAGGCCAAAGAAGCCGUCCUCUCGUUCCACUUCUGCGACAGCUACGCCCGCAAGGGGGACGGCGCCUCGGCGCCGUGCCUGUUUGUGGGCACCUCGCAGGGCACCGUGCUGGUUCUGGCCCUCACGCUGCCACCUCCUGGAGAACAGAGGCAACUGCAGCCUGUUAUCCUUUCACCCACAGGCAUGUUGAUUCGAUUGAAGGGAAGCAUCUUGCGGUUGGCUUUCCUGGACUCCGCCGGUUCCGUCUUGCCCCCCUCGUACGACCCUUGGUUCGAACCCAACAUCUCGGCGGACGGCGAAGAACGGGAGAAGGUCCGCAAGCGUCGGCCCGUGUCGGUUUCGCCGUCCAGCUCGCAGGAUCUUAACGAGAGCCACUACGCCGUGAUGUGCUCAGAGAAGCAGGCCAAGGUCCUUUCGCUGCCCAGCCAGACGUGCAUCUACAAGCACAGUAUCACGGAAGCCUCCUUCGUUUUACGCGCCGACGUGGUCCAGAUGAGCCUAGGCGUGUGUCUGGCCUGCUUCUGCGCAAACGGUCACAUCAUGGCUCUUAGUCUACCGGGACUGAGACCCCUCAUGGAUGUAAACUACCUGCCUCUAACGGACAUGAGGAUAGCCAGGACCUUCUGCUUCACAAACUUGGGUCAGGCCAUGUACCUUUGUUCCCCCACUGAAGUCCAGAGGAUCACGUACAGCCAGGACACCUGUGAGAACCUCCAGGAAAUGCUUGGCGAAUUGUUUACACCAGUGGAGACACCGGAGGCCCCCAACAGGGGCUUCUUCAAGGGGCUCUUUGGGGGUGGAGCACAGUCACUGGACAGAGAAGAGCUAUUCGGCGAAGAAGUUGCCGGACGAGCAUCCCGCAGCCUGGCCCAGCACAUCCCGGGCCCGGGCGGCAUCGAGGGCAUGAAGGGGGCAGCAUCCGGCGUGGUGGGUGACCUGGCCCGCGCCCGGAUAGCGCUGGACGAGCGAGGGCAGAAGCUAGGCGAGCUGGAGGAGAGGACGGCCGCCAUGAUGGCCAGUGCCGACUCCUUUUCCAAGCAUGCCCAUGAGAUGAUGCUGAAGUGCAAAGACAAAAAAUGGUACCAGUUCUGAUGGGCGUUCGCAAUGGUUGCCUUGGUCAUGAUGGCGACCUGCUGCUGUUUUCCGUUCAGCCAUCCUCCCCAAGCCUUUCUUCGUUCACUCGGACACCUGGGAUUUUCUUCCCUUAGCACAAUGUCCCAUACUCUUCUUACCUCACUCUGUUGUUGAGGGGGGAGACACAGGAAGCAAGUACAUUAUUUCUGUGUAUGUGUGCGUGUGCGUGCGCGAGUGCGAGUGUUUCCCAUGUUCUUGUCCUUUUAUUUAUGAUUCACACACGGAGUUUUCAUUCUCAUUUUGCCAAACCGUCCUUAGACUGAUGUCAGUAUUUAAACUGGACUAUUAGCUCACACUUGAGAAUAUUGUUCAAAUGUACAAAAAAUAUAUAUAUAUAUCAAAAUAUGUCAUGAUAUAUACAUACAAAUCUAAAUGUUGCAACGCUGUACUUCACUUCAGGGCGAUCGCUAUGGAAACAAACAGGAGAGGGACACAGGAAGUGACAUCGCAGUGACGCUUCUUCUAUGCAGAGAGAUUUGUAUUUUUUUUUUUUUUUGUCUUCGCACCUGGCUCCACUUUCAGACUCUUACAUCCUUCCCAGCAACACGUAUGAAUUCAUCCCUUUCAACUUUCUCAUCACCCCCCCCCCUUGUAUUUAUGAGAGGUGGUUUGGUUUCAUGGCUCUGUCAAUAUCACUGGGAAAGCUCUUAUUUUUCUAUGGUUGUGAAAAAGUAAGUGAUAUUUUUGUUAAGGCUUCCGUCUCACUUUUGGGUUCUCCUUAUGAAAAGGGCUGGGAACUUCUAGGAAGGCGAGGAUAAACAAGGCAUAAUGUCAUAGACUAUAUCGAAACUCAUCUGUUCAGCAUCCCCGAUUGAUUGGCCUCUUUCAUCUCAAGUGUACAAAUGCUGCUAGGAUCACUGAUAACAAACACACACACACACACACACACAUACAGACACCCACGCUGCAGUGUCUUUUUUUUUAAUUAUAUGUACUCCUGUGAAAAGAAUGAAUACAGUCAACAACCUUUGUUUUUGUAGAUUCCCGUCAUUGUUUGGUGUCCGGAAAAACUGAUAUAUCCCUCCCACUGCUCCCCCACACGCGCAUCAUUUGAAGGCAGAUCUCACUAUCAGGGCGGUUGAGUGACAUGUGUGACAAUCUGGAAAGUAGUACAACCAUUGCGUUACAUAAAUACAAAGAUUGCGCGAGGUCAUAUAUUGUUUCUGAUGCCAAAGACUCGCGCUAAGAUGAAAUUCGAAUUAAUCUGAACAAAUGUUUUCAUUUUUUUCACAAAGAAGCAAUGCUGACUUUCA